CUGAUGUUGUAAGCCUCGGCGUCCCUUGCAGCGAGUUAGCCCGGUUAGUUUCUCUCACAGAGCUCGACAGCGGUUGUCCACUCCCGCUGACGCACCAAAAACCUUCAGGAAAUUUUGUGAAUUUUUUUUUUCCGCAAAAAAAUUUAGAAAAAAAACAAUUUUUUAAAAUUAAUCAGUGACUUUACAUCUUUGAAUGAGAGGAGUGGAGAUACCUUGAUACGAUGAUACCGGAGCCCCAGAACGCAAGCCAAAUGACGGAGUCGACGCUGACGGGUGAGGAUGUUGAGGAUAAAGCGAGACUGGCAACGAAAGAGGAUGUGGCAACGAUAACCGCCUGGAAGAGAUACCAGAAAUUUGUGGAAAUGGUGGAAUCCCGUGGCAUUGAAUACAACAAGACAGCGGCAAUCGAGGCGAUGUUCCGUGGUAAUGAUCUCAUUUAUGCUAGUCAGAGAUAAAUCGAGACAGUGCCUGUGUUAUUUCAAUUGAAUCAAUUGAAGACAUUGAUGGAACGCCAUUUUAUAUCCCGCCAUUUCAUCUUGCUUGCUGAUGACGACCAAAGAAGAUACCGUUAUUAAUUAACUCUGAACCAAAUGAGAUUAUUAGCAUCACUAGUCACGAAAGGAUCAUAAUCCUCAUUUUUCAUGUAUCAAAUAUUUUUUAUGAAUUGUGAUGAGAUUCGGGAGGUUUUUUUUAUAUAGGCCAUGGGAAGUGAUAACUAGCGACCAAGAGUUGGUUUAGGUGCGGUAAAAUCUCCCCCAUAAUCUAGUUAAUUAAUUAGAAAUAAAUCUAAUGUGAAAAUUAAUCACCUUUGACGCGAUAACGAUGUAAUUUCUCAAUUCAUCGGCUAUGCUCAAUCUUGCCAGUAAAAUACUCACAAAAGUCCAGUAAAAUCACACAAGAUCGUGACAUAAAAAACCUCUAGAGAUAUUGAUAUUCCUAAUUUUUUAUUAAGGAACUCGAGCGUUAAAGAAAUUAUAGAAAAAAAAUUGUAUUUCUAGUCUACAAGGGUAAGAUAACAAUCUCAAACAACUAAUGACAAAAGAUUUUUAUUUCAUUGUAAGUAAUUAGCCUUAAUCACCAUUAAUUGAUAAAUAAAUAGAUGGGUUAAUAAAAAGUACAGAUUCUUUGUAAUAAAAAUCAAAAGACAACUGUUUCAUAUGCGUUACAAAUAUACCUUAUUCCAGACUGUUCUAACUAUUCAUAAUCUUUAAUGAAUUCCACAAGUUUAUCAUUCACCAUCUACUGCAUUCACUCCUCAGGAGUGAGCGGAAAUAUUCGUAUAAUGCACAUGUAUCUUUUUAUUUUAACAUUUUUUAUAAGUACACAUUAAAAUCCUUAACUCGCCCACGAAAAUUCACACUUUUAAACAUUUUUCAAGUCAAUUAUCUAGUCGUUACAAUUAAUUACAAUAUUUCUUCUCAUUUCCUAUAAUUAUUCUGAUUUUUCAUGUUCGAGGGGACGGCCCAAUCAUAUAAGAAAUGAGAGCCGGUACCCUAAAAUAAAUUUUGAUAA